CCAUAUUGGAUUACGUUGAGGAAAAACGAGAAAAAUAUGCCUUCUAUUCCGUGGAAACCGUUCGGAUUAAACAAUAUUUUACCGCGACGGUUUCCUCGUCAACGGCGUGGGAACAAACGUCAACCUAUUGUUCCGCUAAAAGAGUGGAAAAUAGUGCGAGGAGACACGGUAAGAAAGAGGGUGCCAUGUGCAAAAUGUAUUUCCAUGUUUUAAAUGUAUGAGACAGGCGUUUGACGUUAUAUUGAUAUUUGCAGCCUAUUCAAACCGAAUCUGCUCGUUUUAAAAUCUGCGAAAUACUCCAGACGUUAUGUUAUGAUGGUGGCGGACUAGGAGAAUUUUCCGUUUUCCUUGGCCUUUGGUUGUGCUUGACACUGAGGUGUUGUCACUGUGGGACUGUUUUGGGGGACGAAUUUUGACCCAGUUUCUUUUACAACCAUAAGAUAGUGUACGUUAAUCAGCCCCUGUGUGCAAUCGAUAGAAGAACACUGACCCAGCCCCACGCUCAUCCUCAAAAGUCCAUUUUACAGUUACAGGUGGUAACGAGGCUGGAGUGGGCCUUUUUUGAUACAACCCUUCCUACUUUAUUAUGUAAUUCAUGUCGUUCUUAUACUUGGUAGUAUUUUUUUAAGCGUAACUUCCAUAACAAAAGGAAGGAGGUUUGUAUUAAAACAAGGUCAACCUCAGCCUCACAUUCACUCAAAGGCUAGGAUACUAGGCUCACAACUGUAAAAUGGUCCACUCAAAGACUUUCCUCAACUCACCCUCUUCAGGAGUAGCCAGUGAAUACAACUGUCUCUUCUCACUCCUCCCAGCUAGAGGCGUUUUGCGGGAGAGACGUCUGCGAUUUGGCCCCAAAAAUUCCAUACUGAUGAGGUGAAUCAGUGUUUACUUAAUUAAACUGGUAAUCAUGGGGUUUCAGAUGUAAAUUUGUUUCUCCUGGCCCUGGUCAUUCAAACAUUAGGUAGCGCCCUCCUUGGCAUAAAUCACUAUCCAACCGAGAAGUGUUAGGGAAACCAGUUCCAUUAUCCAGUGAAUAGAGAUUUAUCCUUUGGAUAGCAUAAUCCACCUUUUGAGCAACUGGGAACUGGUCCAUUAUUAUGAAGUAUUGAGUUCUUCUAUGUAAAAAUUGCAAGGGGUGACAGGCCGCUCAUCUUCAUUGGCGUGAAACUUUUGAAAUUCAUUUACAUAUUGCUCCAGUGAGAACUCUUUCAAAGAAUUUUACCCUUUAAAUAUUGAACAAUGAUAUAGCUUCUAUGUAGUGGACCAAGAUACAGUUACGGCUUGAUACAGUUUACUGUAUAUUCAGCAGAUGAAAAACGUGUAAGUUUAACAAAACUUUAUACAACAGUCAAUUUAUUCAGUUCACAUGUAUUCCUGUUGAAUAUACGAUAUGUCUGCUCAAAAUCACUUGAAAGUAAAUAUGAUAAUUUUUUAUAGCGGCUGUUAUCUUAGGUAUCUGUUUUUAAUAUCCCCAUACCGUUGAGGUUUACGCGAUCUCACAGUACAAUUUUUGACUGUAAACAGCGUGUGUCCUUUAAAUAUACCCAGAUCUGACACUGGUUUUGGGUAUUUAUCAUGUAUUUGGUAGAAGGAUGAUUUAAAUACGUUAUGAUGCAGUGUCCUUUGAAUAUCCGUCUAUAACCCAACUUGUAGUUUAUUAGAGGGGAGCAUGUUAAAGCUGGAUACUUUUUUAAUACCAUAGCGUUAAGGUUGUUUAGCAAUCAAUUGGCCAUUUCGAAGUUGUGUAGGGAACUGGGGCGAGUUUCAAAUUUAAGCUAAUCGAUAUACUGACACGACCGUAUAAAAGGUCAUGUUGAGAUUGGUUAUUUGACCAUGUUUGGUGCUCUAAGGUUGAACAGAGAUCAAGUUAUGACUCUUGAAACAUGGUUAAAGAUCCAUACAAACGUCUGUAAUUUUGUGACAGCAUCCCCCAAAACCAUAUAAACUCUUAAUUUUUGCACGGUUUCUGUUAUAUUCCUGAAAAUGGACAAACAUAGUGAUUUUUGAAUUGUAGUUCUGUCCAAGCAGUAGAUACAUGACAAAUAAUUUUUCAAUUUAACAGCUAGAAAAAGUGAAAAAUAUUUUAAAGAGUUUAUAAAUAUGGUUUUGGGUGUGCUUAGUGAUGAGGAGUGAGGAGAGACAGCUGUAUUUACAGGUCCUGGUGGCUUACCUUUGAAGUGUUCACGGGAUUAUCUAAUUAUUUAUUAAUUUUAUUUUCCAAAUACUUGCUCUCCAUCUAUGUGAUUAAUCUAGUAUGUGAUUAAUCCAUGAAUUUAUUUAUUUAUUUAUUCAGGGCACCUGGCUUAGCUAAAAAUAGAUAUACCAUUACAAAUUGCCCUUACUGUCAAAUUCAGAAAACCAUGAACACCUAAAAAAUUUCAGGAAUGUUGAUUGUGUAAUGGCCAAUCACAAUAAAUUUCAGGAUACGCAAGCAAACCUCAAAACCACAAACUAAUUACCGUUGCUGUUUACGGUUUAGUUAUCUCACGCCUUAUUGGCUUAUUUCUUGCAACACAAUAACAUCCCAUAAAUAUUUCUAGUGUUCUUGGUUUUGUAAGUUUCACAGCAAAAGUUGCUUUAUUUUGUCUUUGUUUAAGGUGAUGCUUCUCUCUGGAAAAGAUAAAGGAAAGACUGGAACAGUAACCGAGGUUGUUCGAAGCAAAAACUGGGUUUUUGUUGAAGGACUUAACACUGUAAGUAAACUUGUAUCCAAAUGGGAUGUGUGAGGUAUUGAGGUUGGUUUCCAUAAUAUUAUAUUGUGGGGGUCAUCAUUAUUGAAACUAUUGUGUGUGACGAUUUGGUCCUGAAAAUACAAAUUGCUCAGAAUGAGAUGAAUUUUUGCAUGAAGCUUUCAUUUUAAUAGAUAAACAAAGAUCUUUAGUUUGUUUUGCUUGAUUCUACCUUGGAGAAAAGUGUAUGCAAAAAAUCAAGGCUUACCUGUCACUUUCUUUUGAAGAUCUUGUGUUAAAUGAGUAACUACUGAAACCGUUUUUUUUUUUGUUAGAACAAAGAUAUCAGCAAAGCAUGAAAUUUAAGUUGCUUGAAUAUUCAUUGUGAUAAAGUUUUCUAAACCAUGGCUUUGAACCUGCACAAUGCUUUUGCUGCUAACAGCAGUAUUGCUGUUGACUAGUUUCUUUCAAUGAUCCACAGGUAGUACAGAAGUUUGUUUGGAACUACGAGUACUUAAGCUAUUUUAAGACUUCAGUUCUAUCCAGACAAAGGAACUGCAUUAGUGUUUGGAAUCAUGCAAGAGGUGUUUUCGUGUGAUUGUCUUGAUCACCUAAACACGUUUUGAGACAAGUGAUAUUGGGUGCAUUUACAAAGGCUUUACAGUCAACUAAAACUUAAAGGCUUUGUUGUCAUGUUCUUUUUUAACCGUUUAAGUCCCAAUGGGCGAUUCCAGAAAAUAUCCAUACCAUACCACAGCUUCCAUAUUUUAACCCCACUUUCCUUCGAAAUUUCCAAAAUGCACUAUCCACAUUUUCCAUUUUUUUUGUCAGACCCUUUGGAAUUACUGGCAGGGUUUGCAAAUAGGUCCAAUUUGGCUUAUGUUACUCCAAAAUAUUUCAAAUGACUCUACUUCUGUACUUCGGUACAGCUGCUUACAGAGUUACUGAGUGGUGAGAGCAGUGACCUCUCACCAAUAUACAUCGACGCCAUAUGUGGGUUGAGUUUGUUGUUGGUUGUCUCCUUUGCUCUGAGAGGUUUUUCUCUGGUUACUCCAGUUUUCCCCUCUCCUCAAAAACCAACAUUUGUAAAUUCCAAUUCCACCAGGGAUCAGGUAGACGAAGAACCACAAGAUGGAUGUGCUACCUCUAAAUCAUUAUUUAUUUAUUUUAUCUAAGUGUAGUCUAGUCUAGCUGAAAUGAUUUUGUUAUUGAAUCUCCUUGAUUUAUUUUCUGUAUUGCUCAACUUAACAAUCUACCGUUGUCUCUCCUCAGCAUUUUCGCUAUUUAAAACCAUAUGGUGAUUUUAAAGGAGGCCUAGUUCCAAGUGAGGCUCCAAUCCAAGUUACAGAAUUGUCCCUGUUAGAUCCCUCUGAUGGGUAGGUGUUGAAUAAUUUAUUUAUAAAUAAGUUGUCUUAAGUUGUCCUUGAUUAUGUUCCCUUCACUUCAUUGGUCACAGAUUAAGAUUUCACAUACUACUUGUUAAAAAAGGAAAAAGAAUGUAGAAGGGCUCAUGCCAGGAACAGUCAUGGCAAUUGCUGUGUACUUAGGUUUUGCCAACUAUUGGCAGGGUCACCACAACAGCAUGUGGUGCCAAUUACUGUAGGCCCAUAACAGUCCCUCCCUUCAUGAGAGCUAGUCCACCACACCCAGUACAAAGUCCCCAACUCUUAUCAAACAGUGCCUGGAUUCUUUAACAUCCCAUUGAACUUAUGUGUGCAAGGGUUGUGAGACAGGGCCCACAGUUUAUCAUCAUUAUCCGAGAAGACUAGAGAGUCUAACUGUUUGCAGAUGUCUUUACAAAUGCAGAACUUUCUCGUCAUCCUCACCCUUUUAAGACCCUGAGUGCUGGACCAACCAGGGUUUGAACCAGCAGCCUCCUGCUCGGUAGACCAGUACUUAUCCAAUUGAGCAAACCGGAUGGCAGUUCAAUUGUGGGUGUUGAGGGAGUAAAUCCACUGUACCCUCUAUACCGUUCCGCAAAAGGUGGGGCUCUUGAAAAAGACUCUCUGUCUUAAGAUGAAAUCAAAAGGCAGCUCAGCUACAGCCUUUUAUAGCAAACCUCAAUAAAUGUGUAACCUUGGUCAUUAGUAGUAGUGUGAGUUGUAGUGUAUCAAUGAAUGCUAGUGAAAUGUUUACUGUGUGUGUACAUAGCAGUGUUCUUGUAAGCUACCUGCCUACUUUCCCGGGAAAGAACGUUAUUUAUGUCUCUGCAGAAAACCCACUGAGGCGUCCUACCGAUACACAGAGAAAGGCGACAAGGUGAGGGUAUCGGAUCGCACUGGUCGCAUUAUUCCUAAACCACCAUGGGAAAGAAGAGACUGGAAAAGUCGAACUGCUGUUAAAGGUAUGGCAUGGUUAACAUCCAUGCAUAAAUGAAUUACACUUUUUAAAAAAUGAUAUUAUUGUCGUCUGUUAUUUUUUUAGAUGGUUUCUUGGUGUUGUGGACGGGUGCGAUCUCCAGACGACUUACUGCAAAAGAUUUAGAGCGAUUUUUGUGUGACCUUGAAAUGAAACAGAAACAACAAACAAACGGAAAUAGAGCGAUUUGAUUGGUUUAUCGAACGGAUACAAACGCGCGUGGCUUUUGCUUGGUUAAGCGAACGCUCGGGUAAAAAAACUUCAUGCCCGAGAACUUUCUAAAAAUCAAGCGGUGCUUCGCUCUGACGUCACACUGCAAUACGAUUGGCGAAUCGAACAAUGCCUUCUCCAUAUUAGGGUUUUCUUUGGUGGGAAAACGAAGAGUCCAUGUUUUGAUCUUUUCAUCCAUUGGCUGGUAACACAAACAACGAACACUUGCCGAAACCACUAGAUAAUUCCCCACAGCAUAAAACAACCGAGAACCAACAACAGUUUUCACAACACCAAGAAACACCUGCUAAUUGUUUUGCUUCUUUUACCUCAUUUUUAGAUGGUCCAUUGGACACUCCCUCCGCCGCUGUGACCAAACAGACCUAUUUACCAUCCCUGUUGUAUUUUCAUGAAGAAAUCAUGCGUGCCAUGAAUGUACCCCCAUCUGUCCCAAAGACAAGGCCUGACAGGCGAGACUUGAUGAUCAAGGAGGUGGAAAAGGCUGCUAACUGGGGUGGGGACGACAAGAGUUUAGCUCAUGUCAACAUUGGUUGGAUGGACAGAGUUUACUUUAGUAUGAAUCAUUAUGCGGAUAAAAUUGUGAAAUUUCUAAGAAUUGAUAAGCUGUAAGAUACUGGACUUCUCAAAUUCUAACCUCUCUCAGCUUUUGAUCUCGCUCUCACAUGUCGUUCUCAAGCUCCUCAAAGUCAGUUAUAUUUUGAGGAGAAAACAAAGGAAUCCUUAACAUUUAGCCAACUUCAUCACUUAAAAAGAUGUGUUAAACACCUGACACCGUUUUUCAGCCAAGUAGCUACCUCCUCCCCUCCUACAGAAAAUAUGGACUUCGCCUCGUUUUUCGGUGGUUUCUUGGUUUUGUAUACAGUUGCGAUCACCAAACUACGUUAUACAAGACACUGAACAAUGGGCACACCCCACCACUCAAAAGCGAACCAAAAAAGAUUUCCCUCCACAGCAUCAAGUAUCACCUACUUCAGUUGAGGCGGUCAUUAAGAGGCGGGGGCCGGGGAUUUCCCCCGGCUACUCUCAAAGGAAAAAGAGGAAAAACAGAAGACUUUUGAAGAUCUGAAUUUUGGAUGAAAACACUGCUUCCCUUGUUCGAUAUAUUACAUAUUUUCCACGUUGACUAGUCUAUUCAACUACUCUAGACAAGCGAAAAUUGUACAAACUCCCCUUUCAGUGUCCGCGGGUCCAGACAUCUGACGUUGUGUGAGAUAUUUUGAUUUGUGAGGUGUCCACGGGGAAAUUUCACGGAUGAAACACUGCAUGCCCUGUUUGAUAUAGAGUGUUUUCACUCACGUGGCCAGCAUCUAUGCAAAUUUAUUGACACAAAAGAAAGCGUUUGCAUAAGAAAGGAGUUCAACUCCCACAGGACUGGUUUGGGACACCAACAUGGCUGCCGUUUCAUUGUUUUGGGACACCAAUAUGGCUGCCGUGACGUCAUGUAAACACCACUCUGUAUGACAUACUCUGCAUUACUGUAAAUACUGACUAGUCUAUUCAACAGGCCACUUCCGAGUUCCAUAAACCGUCACUUUCAAAACGAGGCCAAUUGCGCAACCUUUCUUGUGAAAAUGAGUUUAAUUUACAUGAGAAUGAAAAAUCAUUUCCAUAUCAAAGGCUGAGCACUUAACCUCGUUUUCAUAAAGAGGUUCAGGGGAACUCGGAAAUGGCCUACUAGUCCAGACAAGCGAAACUUGGGCAAACUCCCCUUUCGUUUUCCUUGGGUCCGGACAUUUUGAUCUUUUGCGGGAUAUUUUGAUUGGCGAGGUAUCCACGAGGAAAUUUAUUUAAGGAGAGGGCAUUUUUGUCAAAAAAUAUCAACAAGACAAUUUGUGGUAUGUUUCACCAUUCUUUGGCAGUCAAUCACACCCGACCUUUCUCCUGUUAUUUAAAAGAGCAGACAAAUAAAGAAGUUA